AUGUUUAUACUAUCGGAAAUUAAUGAUCUAAUACGGAUUCCACCUCAUACAUUCAACAUCCCAAUCCAGCACGCAAUCACCGAUGAACUCAAUAAGAAAUAUGCCAACAAAGUUGUACCCAAGCUAGGCGUGGUUAUCACCAUAUGGGAUCUACUCGAUAUUAAAGAUGGACUACUAAAACCGGGAGAUGGUGGAUCAUAUGUUGAAGUGAGAUUUAGAUGCAUUGUGUUCAAACCAUUUGUAGGGGAAGUAUUAACGGGAUGGGUAACCGAAUGUAAAGUAACUGGGAUCAAAGUAAGAUUAGAGUUUUUCGAUGAUAUUUGGAUACCUUCCGAUUACCUAUUUGAAGAUUGUGAGUUUAGAGAAAAUGAACAGGCUUGGGUGUGGAAUUCAGCCGGUACGGAAUUGUUUAUUGAUGUUGAUGAAAAAAUUCGAUUCAAAGUGGAAAAAGAAGUAUUUUACAAUGUAAAGCCGAAAAGUUCAAAUGAAGCAAUUGGAGUUGAAGAACAAGUUAAUAAAUUACCACCAUACAGUAUAAUUGCCUCUUGUCAACUAUCUGGUCUAGGAUGUGUUACAUGGUGGGAUUAA